AUGACCAGAAAAAAGUUUGAUUUAUCAAAGUGCAUUGGGGGAAUCAAGAGGAACUCGACAGGACACGUGGUUGCUGCAGAAGCUACAUCUCUUUUGUUUGGAAUCAAAUUCAAUCCAAAACUAAAUGCAAAGGAAGGACGUUUGGAGGAUAAGGUGGUCGAGAAAUGGGAAAAAGAGUUCAAUAAACUGAUGGACACGACUAAAACAACUAAUGCGAAGCUUUACUACAUGACAGAAGUUAGAUAUAGAGAAGAUGCAGACAAAAGUAUACAAGACGACAUUGUUCUGCUUUCUUGUGGAUACAUCCUUGUUAUUUUUUAUGUUUCUGUAAUGCUGGGAAAUUUCAGUCGCAUGAAUACUAAGGUUUGGCUGGCGAUAUUUGGGGUUCUUUGCGUUGGUUUAUCCAUCGGUGUGUCAUUUGGAAUAGCAAGUGCAUGUGGAAUUUUCUACGGUCCAAUUCAUUCUACAUUACCUUUCCUUUUACUUGGUAUUGGAGUGGAUGACAUGUUUGUGAUCGUUCAAGCUUGGAGCAACUUAACACCAGAAAUAUGUCAGACUCAACCGAUACAAGAACGAAUUGGACUUGCUCUGAAACAUGCUGGAUGCUCAAUCACCAUCACAACUUUGACGGAUUUUCUUGCCUUUCUGAUAGGAUCAACUACGAUUUUACCAGCACUGAGAUCAUUCUGUAUUUAUGCGGCAAUAGGUGUUUUGGCAGACUUCAUCCUUCAAGCUACUUUGUUCACAGCGUUAUUGGCGAUCGACGCGCGCAGGCAAAAGAAAAAAAGGGAUGGCUUUUGCUGCUGUUGCAUAACGUUACCAGAUAACUAUCGAGAGAGCUCCCUUGCAAAAAAAGAUUUUCUCAAAACGAGCAUAGACAAGAUUGGAGCAGCCAUGCUGUCUCUUCCUGGGAAGGUUAUUGUGAUCAUCAUAACAGGAGCCCUGUUUGGUUUUAACCUCUAUGGAGCAAUUAUACUAAAGCUGUCCUUCGAUCAGAACCGCUUUUUGCCUCCUGACUCUAUGUCCUACAAAUAUACGUUUACCAACAGGAAGUAUUUUCCAGUAAACGGGGCCCCAGUGAAGAUAUAUACAGGAAAGUUCGAUUACUUUAAAGAACAAGAUAAACUUCACAGGGUCUACGAAAUUGCAGUCAGUGACAAAAAAUAUAUAGUUUCUAGUUCUAUAAACAGCUGGUAUGAAGACUUUGUUAGCUGGGCUAUUGACAAGAAACCAGGAAAGUUUAUCCAGAAAAGGAGGAUCACCAACGAGACAUGUUUUUAUCCAUGGCUGGGCGAGUUCCUUCGUACUUCUGGUCUCAGUUAUCAGAGUGAUAUCAGGACAAAAAAUGGGACUGGUCAGCUUCCACUACAGAUUCUGGCAUCUCAGAUACGCUUGAGGCAUAAAAACUUGGACUCAACGCGAGAAGAAGUGAAAGCAAUGGAGAAUUUACGAGACAAGAUUAAAACCGUGUUUCCAAAUGACAGCCUUGGAUUUCCGUUUUCACCAUAUUACUUUACAAGUGAAACAAAUAAGAUUAUUUCAACGGAGCUUUACCGAAACACGGGCCUGGCACUUUUAACAGUAUUAGUGGCUACUGCUGUUGUGCUACCAAGCUUGAGGACAUGCUUUUUAGUCUUUUCCUGUGUUGGAUUUACGUUGGUUGGAAUAAUGGGAACAAUCCAUUUUUGGGGUCUGACAAUUGAUAUUGUGACUACCAUUUGUGUUGUGUUGGCCAUUGGAUUGUCUGUGGAUUACUCAUCCCACAUUGGACACACUUUCAUGAUAAGAUCUGGUACACGAAAGGAACGAGCUCUGACCACCCUACGUGACAUGGGACCUGCAGUUUGGAAUGGUGGUUUUAGUACAUACAUAGCUGUUGGCCCUCUGGUGCUUUCCAAUUCUUAUCCGACAAUGACUUUCUUUAAGGUGUUUUUAUGUGUUGUAUUUUAUGGAUUAUUCCAUGGCCUUUGCUAUCUUCCUGUAUUGCUCUCCCUGAUUGGACCUUCCCCAUACAAUUCUUCUGAGGAUGACACAAAGCAUAGUCCAUCAUCUUCCAAGCCUGAUGACAGCACUGAUUGUAAAGGAGCCUAUACUAAUCCUACACUGGCAACAAGCACUGGAGAUCUGUUAAAUGUUGGUGCUGACCAGCAAAAAUUCUCCCCUCUGUCAAUUGAAGAUUUGGAUGCCACAACAUUAGUUCCUGAGAGUGAAAGAAAGAAAAGUGAAUGAGGAAUUUUUUUCAGGCUACAAAUCUGGAUGAUUAUGGACUCUUAAUGGGAACACACAUAUAUCAUUAACUGCAGCUUUUCAAAUUUGUCAGUAAACUAAAAAGAAUUGUUGUAGAAUGAAAGAGGAAUUUAGAACCUUGAAAUUCUAUUCAUCAGUCUAUGACAACUAAUAUAAAAACAGCAUUUAAAAC